AUGAGAAUCGUUCUUCUCAUUUUAAUUGGGAUACUACUACAAUUUGUAACUACAAGUUAUUCACCAAUACUUUUGUCAGGUGAUAAAAUGCAAACAGUUAUUUUAUCACCGCCAUUUCAACAACUAGUUGAAUCUCCUUGCCAUGAAGGAAAACACAAAGGCGUUAUUCAUGUUUUUAAAAAUACUUCAGGAAGAAGAGUUAAAUUGAGAUUAGACUUUUAUAAUAAUCCACCAAACAAAUUAGAAGUUUAUUUAUAUACUCAAAAUAAAUGUGUUAUCAGAACAGUAUCAAAAUCUCAUUUAGCAGAACUCCGUCAUGUGGUCCAACCUCAUCAAACAGUUAGUGUAACAAUUAUCUCAAGAAAUGAAGAAAAGGGGUUGGAUAAUGAUGCAAGAAUUGUUAUGCGUGUUCGUUCAAAUCAAGUAAUUGUAAAAAUGCCACAGAAUAGGGGCAUAACUUGUCCUGACUCUACACCAUUAUUAGGAGAAAGAUAUUAUCAAGGGAAUGGACAAAAAUGGUAUAGGCUAAAAGUAAACAAAGGAGAAGAGAGAAUUAUUACUACAUGUAGUUCAUAUACAAGAAUGCCAGUUAAAAUAGACUUAUUUGACAAUUGUGGAGGCAAACCAAUUAAAUAUGAGACUAUGAAAUGUAAUAAUGAAAAUGGUAGAAUUAUCCGAUUUAAAGGAAAGUAUAAUGGGAAUGUAUUUGUCCAUGUAACGGCAUUGCCAGGAAUAAGAAAGAACAAACAAAUUAGUAGUCAAGUAAUUAGAAGAGGAAAUGGUGGAAAGUAUAUUAGACGAUUUUAUCAAAUGCUUGAUAGAUAUUCCAUAGAGAGUUUUAGUGACAAAAAUCAAAUGUAUAACAAUGAGUGCAAUAAGGCAAGAGUAACAAAUAACAUGUUUUUAUCAGAUAAAAUUAAUUUUAUUAGAACUAAAAAGACAUUAAAUAAGAGUAAUAAACGAUACAAACGAGCAGUGUGGUAUAAAGUAUUUGUACCAAGAAGAGGGACUAUUAGCGUUAAUACUUGUAGCUGGCAAACUACAGGAACAGCUCAUAUUGAAGUAAUGAAAGACUGCAAAGGGGAAAGUAUUUCAGUCGAAAGAGCAAAAUGUCAAAAUGGAAGAAAUGAGAGAAUAACAAUCAGAGGAAAGAACCAGUCAAGAUGGGUUUAUUUAAGGGUUGAAGAGAGUGAUGAGAAAGAUGGAGGAAAUGUAAUAGUACAAAUAAAUAGAAUUGGAGCCAAUAGACAAUUUAGGAGAAGAUUCUUCAUUCUAAGACCAUUCUUCCGUCGAAGACGAUUUACAUUAUCACCAAUUAUAUGGAAGAGAAGAAACCAAAAGAGACAAAUAAAGAAAAACAAAGAAAACAAAAAAAUAAAGAAUGAACUUAUUAAGAAAGAGUUAGACAAAAAGAAGAAACAAUUAGUUAAGGACUUUGAAAAAUCUAUUCAGAAGAAAAACCAAGAAAUAAGAAAUGACACAACAACUGAAAAGAAAGAAUUAAUUAAAAGUAAUGAACAUCUCAAGAAAACACAAACAAAAGAACAUCCAAUACAAGAAAUACAUAAAGAAAAGAUUGAAAUACAUUCGGGCAAUAACAAUAUAAUAAUGAUAUUACUUGGAUUUGUUUUAGUAGUAUUACUUGGAAUUAGCAGUAUUAUCAUAAUAAAAUUAAUGAAGAAGAAAUCAACUAAUCAAGGCAUUCCUUUAUAA